CGGCCGGGACCAGCUCCCUUCCCUCGGGCCCUGCGCCGGGGCCGGGGCCGGGGGCGGAUGGAGUCGCGGGUGUCGGAGCUGUUCGGGGGCUGCUGCCGGUCUGCGGGGGUCCCGGCCGGGGGCGGCGCGGCCUGCGGGGGCGGCCCGAAGGCCAGGAGCGGCGGCGGCGGCGCAGGAGCAGGAGCAGGAGCAGGAGGAGGAGGAGGAGGGGGCCCCAAGGGGAAGAAGAAGGGCGGGAGGAGCCGCGGGGCCAAGCCCAACAACCCGCCCUACCUGCCGCCGGAGGCAGAAGAUGGAAACAUCGAGUACAAGCUGAAGCUGGUGAACCCAUCCCAGUACCGUUUCGAGCACCUCGUGACGCAGAUGAAAUGGCGACUGCAGGAAGGUCGGGGUGAGGCCGUGUACCAGAUCGGCGUUGAAGAUAACGGGCUCCUGGUGGGGCUGGCCGAGGAGGAGAUGCGGGCCUCCCUCAAGACCCUGCACCGGAUGGCAGAGAAGGUGGGAGCAGACAUCACGGUCCUGCGGGAGCGAGAGGUCGACUACGACAGUGACGUUCCCCGGAAGAUCACGGAGGUGCUGGUGCGCAAGGUCCCCGACAACCAGCAGUUCCUGGACCUGCGGGUAGCCGUGCUGGGCAACGUGGACUCGGGGAAGUCAACGUUGCUGGGGGUGCUGACCCAGGGGGAGUUGGACAACGGGAGGGGCCGGGCCCGGCUCAACCUCUUCCGCCACCUGCACGAGAUCCAGUCCGGACGCACCUCGAGCAUCAGCUUUGAGAUCCUGGGCUUCAACAGCAGAGGAGAGGUGGUGAACUACAGCGACUCGAGGACGGCGGAGGAGAUCUGCGAGAGCAGCUCCAAGAUGAUCACCUUCAUCGACCUGGCGGGCCACCACAAGUAUUUGCGCACCACCAUCUUCGGCCUGACCUCCUACUGCCCCGACUGUGCCCUGCUCCUGGUGAGCGCCAACACCGGCAUCGCGGGCACCACGCGGGAGCACCUGGGCCUGGCCCUGGCCCUGAAGCUUCCGUUCUUCAUCGUCAUCAGCAAGGUGGACCUGUGCUCCAAGGCCACGGUGGAGCGAACGGUGCGCCAGCUGGAGCGGGUCCUCAAGCAGCCCGGCUGCAACAAGCUCCCCUUGCUGGUCACCUCGGACGACGACGCGGUCACCGCCGCCCAGCAGUUCGCCCAGUCCCCCAACGUGACCCCCAUCUUCACGCUGUCCAGCGUGUCUGGCGAGAGCCUGGACCUCCUCAAAGUCUUUCUUAACGUCCUGCCGCCGCUCACCAACAGCAAAGAGCAGGAGGAACUCAUGCAGCAGCUGACGGAGUUCCAGGUGGACGAGAUCUACACCGUGCCUGAGGUGGGGACGGUCGUUGGAGGGACCUUGUCCAGCGGGAUCUGUCGAGAGGGAGAUCCACUGGUGGUGGGCCCCACGGACGACGGGCGCUUCCUGGAGCUGAAAGUGUGUAGCAUACAGCGCAACCGCUCGGCCUGCCGGGUCCUGCGGGCGGGCCAGGCCGCCACCCUGGCCCUCGGCGAUUUUGACCGUUCCCUGCUCCGCAAGGGCAUGGUGAUGGUGAGCCCGGAGAUGAACCCCACCAUCUGCUCGGUGUUCGAGGCGGAGAUCGUGCUGCUGUUUCACGCCACCACCUUCCGGCACGGAUUCCAGGUGACCGUGCACGUGGGUAACGUGCGCCAGACCGCCGUGGUGGAGAACAUCCACGCCAAGGACAAACUGCGGACGGGCGAGAAGGGGGUGGUGCGCUUCCGCUUCCUGAAGCACCCCGAGUACCUGAAGGUGGGAGCCAAACUGCUGUUCCGCGAGGGCGUCACCAAGGGCAUCGGCCACGUCACCUAUCUCCAGGCCAUCGCGGCGGGCGAGGCCUCGGCCGGCCUGGGCUUCUGACCCUCCCCGGGAAGGACCGUCUCCAUCCCCGGCCCCGCAAUACAGUAGCGGCCGCGGCUGGCGGCCGCCCCCGCCGCAGCUCUGUGUCAUUGCCCUCUCCCCGCCCGGCCCGGGUGCCUAGCCGGGGGAGGCGAGGGGGUCGUGCCGGCUAGGCCUGGCUGGGGGGUGGGUGCCGGCGGGGGAGCAGGGACGUGGGGAGCCCCGGCUCGUUUCCCUCACCAGGGUCUCGCCCUCCCCCGCCCCUAGACGCCCCCUUCCUGGGGAAGCAGGGCCGGAGGGGGGAUCUCAGCCUCACGUCCGCCUCACCGGGGCUCUGUCACGCUCACCCCGGGAGGGCUACCUUGCCCCGACCUGUGUCGAAAGAACAACUCCCUUCCCUUCCCCUCCACCCUCCCCGACUCCUUUGACCCUCGCUCCUCCAGGCCCCACUGGUGCUAUUUCUUUCUCUGACCCAGGCCUGGGGCCGCUGGGCCGCGGGCCCGGAGUGCCGGGGUGGAAGCUGCGUGUCAGUUUCUCUCCUCCCCCUCUCUUCCCCUUCCCCUUCCCCUCCCGCGAUCCCACAAGAGGGACGGCCGGAUCGCAGCCAAGGGUGCGCCGCCGUCCUCCGCCUGCCUCUCUCUAGCGACCCUUGCGGGCCGGCCGGGACGAGGGGCGACUCUGAUUGGGAGGGAGAGGGGCAGCGGAGAGAUCCCCGCCCUGGGCUUGGCCUCCCUCCUUACUGUUUGUUAAUAGAUCCCGAGUUCCUGUGGACUGAGCGACUGUUGGUUGAGGUUUCUCUGCACAUAUAUAUAUAUAUAUAUAUAUAUAUAUAAAUAUACAUAGUGUACAGAAUAAAGUUGUUUUAUUGAACGA